CGCCUGACUCUCCUCCCUCCCUCCCUCCGCGGAAGGAGCGGCCGCCGCCAACGACCAGGAUGAUGCGCGGAGGGGGAAGCGGCGGAUAGUCAUCGCUCUCUAUAUCUCUCCCUCCCGACGCCGGCUCCAAGACCAGCACCAUGUGGCUCCUAAUGGCCGUGUUGUCGGUGUUGCCGUUCGCUUUUUUCGACCUGUGGUACUUCAUGCGCGGGGCGCUGGUAUUACUAGUCGCAUCUUUCGACACCCCGGUCAAGGAUAUUCUGAGGGACCAGACAGUCCGGGGCAUUGUGCUCUUCCAAGACAUUGACUUCCUGGGCCACAUGAAUAAUGCACGAUAUUUGCGGGAAUGUGAUUUUGCCAGGUUGUCCCUUUAUAUCCGCAAUGGUCUGUUACAUACAACAAGGAAGUUAAAAGCUAAUAUGGUGGUCGGUGCUGCAACCAUACGGUAUAGACGAUCUCUGCAUUUGUUUGAGCAAUUCAGGAUUAGGUCUAGAAUCCUUUGCUGGGAUGAAAAGGCAUUUUAUAUCGAGCAGGAGUUCAUUUCCUGCAAGGACAGCUUUGUGUGUGCCACCAUGCUGUGUCGACAGAAUGUACUGUACAGCACCCCAGAUAAGUUACUGCAGCUCCUGUGCAAGCGGAAGGUAGAAUGCCCAGAUUUUCCGGACGAGGUACUGUUAUGGACUAAGUACAACCAAGCCAGCAGUGCAAGGCUAAGAGCGUAAUGAUGUCUUCAGCAAGACCAAACAGUUCUAGGCAAGGAACCAAGGAUGGUAUAGAUAUCUAGUGAUAAUAGCAGUGGUGUAUCACUUUAAUGUUGACAUUCUGCUCUAGGAAUUUUUUUAUCUUUUAAGCUCCUGACCAAAUUAUUUAUUUUAUGUUUCAAGGGAAAGCUUGGAUUCACAUGCGUGAAUGUAUUAUAAAUCAGUGACACUGGAUGGCACAUAUCUUUGAAAUUGUAUUUAUGCAAAUUUUGUUUUAUGAGCUCUUUAUUGUUAAAUGCAUUAAUGUAAUUUAUUGACGAAAUUAUAUUCAUAUUUGUUUGAUGGAGAUGAUCAUCAAUAUAUAAUUAAAAUAGUUGUAUCUGGCUCAUCUUC